AAUUUGCAGAGUUCAUUAAAAAGGUCCAAGGUGUUUCAAUUACAAAGACCGAGAGUGAGAGAGAAAAGGAUAGAGAUUCAGAGACUGAAUUUUCUGGGGACAUUGAUCCUGGUUCCGGAGAGGGUCUGUCUCAUGAAGGUCUGUCUCAUGUUUUACCAAGUCGUGUCAUGACCACCCUUGGUAGUCCCGAAAAAACUAGGAAUACAGUAGCUGCAAGCAUAGAGAACAAUGAUAAUCAGAAUCAGGUAAUGGCAAUGAAAGAGGACAGUGAAACUAAUUUCAUUACUAAUACCACUGAUAUCCCAAAUGACAAUCGGAGUAGUUUUACUGCCACAACAGAAAACACAUACACUGCGACCUACACCCAGGUUACACCCAUUGAGGCCACAUUCACCCAAAGCACAGGAAGUGAAACUCAGAGCGAAACAGUCACAACAUACAGCCCAAGUGUCAGUGUGUCCAGUGAGACGUACCCCCUACAGAGUGACACCAAAGCACCUCUGAAGCGUCCCGUGACUCUACGCCUUAUCGUGACGGACACCACAGAAGAGACUCAGCUCCUGUUCUCUGGAGAAACACCUGAAGAACCAGAGAUGUCCACUCGGGCGGCGGUACAACACUUUACAGACCCCAACAUUACCCCCAUGAUGGACAGUCCAAGAUCACCCCCCAGACACACUGAGAUUCACACAGCUACUGAUUUGGACAGCAAGACCACCUUCACUGCAGUCACCACCACAGAGAGAGAGCAUGAUGAAAUCACCUUCCACACCACCCAAAGAAUCAAGUCCCCUCGAUUGCCUGCAGGAUCCACCAUCAUCUCACGCCAGCAGAUCCACAUCAUUCCACCUAAGAAGGGUCGAGGAGGAGGGGGUAGGAGGAGGAACUUCCAUAGCAGGAGGAGAUUAGUCAAACCCAACCGGAUCACAGACAUCCAGUCCAUACUUAACAAACUCAAGCAGCCCACAAUAAAGAAGCAAGGCAAUGCCACUGUGCCCUACACUAUGGAACUGACUACAGACUGUGACUGCGAUGAGGACGUGAAGAAGAGGACAGGUGGUCCGCUUGUCGUCACAUCAACAACCUCCCCUGAAACUUCGAACAUUCCCAGCUCCUAUCUUCGAAAAACUGAAAAACCCAUGGUUACAACACUGGACACCAGAACCAUCCAACACACUUCCACCCAGACUCCAUCCAGAAGUGAGGUAUCCAGUGGCUACAUGACCUCCGCUGAUACCCUUGUCUCUGACACAACACUGGACCCUAUGACAAGCACAACAGAUAAACUAAUAACCUCUACAAUUACAACUACGACAGUUUCCAAGGUCAUCCAUGGGAAGAUCGACUGGAGAAGGUUGUUUGGGAACAGCGAGAAGCAGAAAGAGAUACUUAACAGGCUGCGUAAGCCAGCGAGGCCCUCUACUACCACAAAAGACUCAACAACAGUCAAACCCAUGACCACAAUCACACUGCCCACUCAGUGGUCUCUGGCUGAACCAAUGAAGGAGUUACCGUCUAAUCCAAGUAAACACAAAGAGACCCCAGAGAGCUCAUUGGACGAUGAUUACAGAGAUUCUUCCGCUGACUCUGAACCCUCAACUACACCCUCGCCUAGCACUAGCCGUGAAACUACAACCCCAGCCUAUGACUACAGGUCCUCCAUAACCACAGAGUCUUCUUCAGCCACCCAGACCAUUGCCUCUCCGCCCACAGAUAAACCAGCCUCAAGAGAUGACACAGACGAGGCCUCGUCCUCUGGAAAUGAAUCUGGAUGGUCAGGAGGUUACCCAUCCCGUCGAUUCGGGGGAAAACGGAGACCAAAUGGACGGUCAGGGUUCAGAGGCAGGAGGCCUUUUAGGGGCAGGAGGCCUUUCAUAAAAAACAUAACAACUACUGCAGCCCCGAGUACCACCAUGGAAACAACAGAGCCUUCAACAACCAUGGAGACUACCAUGGAAAAAACCAUGGAGACCACUACAUAUCCCACAAGGACUGUCUCCAUCUCCAAGCCCCUGUACACACCCUCAAGAGAAUCAGAAAGGUCUUCAGUGACUGUUUCCACUGACAAGACUGCUGAAGUACAAACCAACUCAGACUUAUACGAAGAGGACAACUGGACAGACGACUUGGAGUCCACCACUAGCCACCCUCAAACCUACACUUUCACCGCAAGACCCAGAAUGACCUCCACCCAAUCUUAUUCAACCACAACUGGAACUACCACCACGUCAACACCUUACACUAUAUUGUCAUCCCACACCAAGAUUAACACUGACUCAAUUACAGUGAACACUAACAUUAGGCUCCCGUCUGGGAAAGAUAGCCGGUACCACAUCACACAAAGACCCAUGGUCAGGAGACUCAGGCCCACUGUAUCCAGUAAGAGGGACAGACUAGGCCUUGACAAGACCUUCACCUUUGACACACUUACCGUUCUGGAAGCAGAGCAGGGGCACACUAAUGCGCCAUACACCAGCAAAGACAUAGACAAUGCCAUCUCCAAAGCCUAUACUCACUUCACUGGUUAUGAUACAACAACUGACAACAUUGUGGGCUUUCAGCCAUCCACCAAAGACAUGCCAACCAAGCCCAGGAUCGUGGGCGGCAAUGCAGCUAGCUACACUGUCCUGUCUAACUCAGAUGCCUUCCUGCCUUGUGAAGCCAUAGCCAACCCUGAACCCAUUGUCAGCUGGAAACGCUUCUCUUCAAGCACAGGAAGCACAAUGACCAUCAAGGGUAAGAUGGGCAAGUUUGAGUUGUUCCAGAAUGGCACUCUGUCCAUCCAGAAUGCCAACAUUAAAGACCGUGGACAGUACCUCUGCCUGGCUGAGAAUGACCAAGGGUCGGACAAACUUUUGGUCACCCUGUCUGUGGUGGCCUACCCAUCACGCAUCUUGGAGCCCAAGGUACGAGAUAUCAAGUCGCACGCUGGGAAAACCGUGGAGAUGAAUUGCAAGGUAGAGGGACGUCCCACUCCUCUAGUCUCCUGGAUUCUGGCUAAUCGCACCCAGGUCAGGGGCCACAACUACAACCCCAGAGUUUCAGUGACCCCCGAGGGCACUCUUGUCAUCAAGCAGGUGUCUGUGUAUGACCGUGGCCACUACAAGUGCAUUGCCAGUAACCCAGCUGGAGCCGACACUUCCACUGUCAGACUUCAGGUUGUGGCAGAACCCCCUGGAAUCCUGGAGGUCAAAAGGCAACAGGUGAAGGCUGGUGUGGGUCAGAGUAUCUGGUUUUCUUGUACAGCCCAGGGUAACCCCCAGCCCACUGUAUACUGGGUCCUGUAUGAUGGGACUGCGGUGCAGCACCUUAAGCCUUCUUUGGAUCCCAGAGUGUCUGUGUACACGAACGGGACACUCCACCUUAUAGAUAUAGCCACCACAGACAGUGGGAAGUACGAGUGCAUUGCCACCAGCUCUACAGGGUCAGAGCGAAGGGUGGUGACACUAACAGUGGAAAAGAGGGAGAUGGCUCCUCAGAUUGUGAUGGCAUCACACCGCAGAACAGAGCUGUCAUAUGGGGAACAGUUGUGGCUGAACUGCUCGGCUACAGGUGACCCCAAACCCAGAAUAAUCUGGAGGCUCCCUUCCAAGGCCGUGGUGGACCAGUGGCACAGGAUGGGAAGCCGUAUCCAGGUCCUGGAAAAUGGCACUCUUACAAUUGACUCUGUAAGUGACAAGGAUGCCGGUGACUACCUCUGUGUCGCACGUAGCAAGGUAGGGGAUGACCUCCAGCUGAUGAAGGUCACGGUGUCCAUGAAGCCAGCCAAGAUCGAGCCCAAGACAUAUGGCAAGAAGCAGGUCCCCUAUGGCAAUGACUUGAAAGUGGACUGCAAGGCGUCCGGGGCCCCGGAGCCAGAGAUUUCUUGGGGCCUGCCAGACGGAACCGUGGUAAACAGCGCCCUGCAGUCAGAUAGUAGCAGUGGAGGUGGUCGCGCAAGGCGUUACAUUCUGUUUGACAAUGGCACGCUCUAUCUGAACCAGGUGGGCAUGGCGGAGGAGGGCGAUUACACCUGCUACGCCAAAAACCAGCUGGGAAAGGACGAAAUGCAUGUCCACAUCACAGUGGUAACAGCCCCGCCACGGAUAAGGAUGCCUAGCCGGACAUACGCCUCAGUAAAGCCUGGAAGGAAUGUCCGCUUUGACUGUGAGGCCAUAGGGGAGCCAAAGCCCAAAAUCUUGUGGAUGCUGCCCAACAAUGACAUGAUUGCAGCUUCCAAUGAGCGCUACCUGAUGCACGUCAAUGGGUCUUUAGAUAUCAGGGGCGUGAAGCUUGUAGAUGCCGGGGAGUAUGUGUGCAUGGCUCGCAACACUGCCGGGGAUGAUAGCAAGGUUUACAAGCUGGAUAUCGACGGCAACCCUCCAGUGAUCAAUGGUUACUACCAGAACAGGACAGUAGUAAAAGACACAGCUGCCAAGUACACAAGGAAAUUCAUUGACUGCAAGGCCGCUGGAGACCCGGCCCCGAAAAUCACAUGGAUCAUGCCGGAUAACAUAUUUCUGAACGCUCCGUACUUCGGCAGCCGGAUCAAUGUCCAUCCCAAUGGAACCCUGGAGAUCCGUAAUGUCCGUCCUACAGAUACAGCAGAGUUCAUCUGCAUGGCGCGGAACGACGGCGGGGAGGCAGUUAUGGUGGUGCAGCUGGAGGUCACUGACAUGCUACGACGUCCUAUCUUCAAAAACCCUUUUAACGAGAGGGUGGUGACCCGAAUGGGGAAGACCACAGUCCUGAACUGUUCAGCAGAUGGUCACCCCACACCAGAGAUCAUCUGGCUGUUGCCCAAUGGAACCCGGUUCACAGGCAGCCCAGACAGAGGCUCCCGUCAUCACCUAGGUAAUGACGGCACCUUUGUUAUCUACAACCCCAGCAAGGACGAUGCUGGGAAAUACCGGUGCGCUGCUAAGAACACUAUGGGUUACAUUGAGAAGCUGAUAAUUCUGGAGGUGGGCCAGAAACCUUUAAUCCUUACCCGGCCAAGGGGGGUGAUACGCAGUGUAUCUGGGGACCCCUUGUUCCUACAUUGCCUGGCUGAUGGCAGCCCUAGACCCAGUGUCUACUGGACUGUCCCUGGAGGUCACACCCUGUCUAGGCCUCAGGUCCAAGGACGCCACCAGCUGAUGGAGAAUGGGACACUGGUUGUGAAGGAUACAACCCUGCACGACCGAGGGAACUAUGUGUGCCGGGCACGGAACGAUGCUGGUGAGGCAGUUCUCACCGUGCCCGUCAUCAUCAUCGCUUAUGCUCCCCGGAUUACCACAGGACCCCCAGCCACAGCAAGGGGAAUUGCUGGGGCACCCAUCCAGCUUAAUUGUGCCGCCAUUGGGAUCCCAAAGCCAGAGAUUACCUGGGAGCUGCCAGAUCACUCUGUGAUUUCCACAGCAGGGAAAGGGCGGCCCAAAGGCAGUGAGCUGCUUCACCCUCAGGGUACGUUGAUCAUCCAGAGACCCACGACCUCAGAUACUGGCACAUACAAAUGUCUGGCCAAAAACCACCUGGGCACAGAUUCAAGGGUGACAUAUGUACAUGUGCUGUGAGGAGCAGCAGUGACUGAAGGGGAAAUGAAAACCCCUAGAACAUAAACUUUAAACAGACACAAUAAUGCUCUAUAUUGUAAAAUGUCAGGACUGUUUUUUACAUGUGAACUUGAGGAGAGUGUUUUGUAGAAUUAUUGACUACUAUGCAGUUCACAUCAAACAGCCAAGCAGCAGAACAGGAAUAAUGAAAGAAAGAUUAGCCAAAUAAGGAGGAAAAGAGAAGAGGAACACUUCAGCAGAAGGAGCUGUUCUAUGCUAGGAAGCCGGGACUAGCGAGGUGUUAUUCUUCAUUUAACAUUGGAGUUAGCCGUCUGGAAACCCAUGACUGGUUUUCAUUUGGGGUGUUUUUAAAAAAGAGCGGAAAGAGUGGGUCUUGCAGCGAGAGUAUUUUCACUGAACACUGCAUGCGAAUGGAGAUACUUUUAGAGCCUAUGGGAUAGGAGGAAGGAAGAAAAACUCAUGUUGUUCCCUGUGGACACAUCCUAAAUGUGUAUUUCAAAUUUCUGUUGUUUUGUGAUGGAUUUUCUGCAAUGACAGAUAUUUUUAAUAUCAUGCUUCUUGACAAAUUGUACUAAUAUCUGACAUAAUACAACCCUUAUUUGACUAAAUAAAUUCUUUAUUUACAAACAGCACGUCUGAAAAGUAAUUGGCUAAAUAUUUUUUUCAUGUAUACUCCCACUUCUAUAGAUGUAAAACUAAAACAUACACAUAAGUAGCAUUUUAUAACUCUCUCAAAUACAUAAUGCAUUAUUGGUUUUAUGUAACAUAAUUGUUUUACCGUUUGUAGGUAAUAUGUACUUUAUUUAGAUGAAUAGGUAUGCAUUUGUAAAUUAAUGGUACACAGGGGAUAUUAAACCAGAGAUGGAAUGUGUUUCUUGUUCUACAUUUGGAUGGGUUGGAAUUUGAUCAAUGUGAAGCUGUUUGGGCACACAAAAUGAGGAGCAAAUUAAUUUCUUCGGUGUCAUGUCCAAAGGAGCAAUUUUGUGUACAUUAACAAUAUUGCUCCCAGAAGUCUUCGGAGGGUCUAAAGUUCUUCAUGUUUUGAAUGCUUACUUGACACAUUAAGACCACCUCAGUACCCUACAGAAGAAGGCGAGUUUGAACACAAAGAGGCAGGACGUGAAAGGAAGGGAUUUAUUGAGGUUUCUGGUUUUCCAAGUUGUUUUCCAAGUUACUAUAGGCAGACAUUUGGCAAAACGUUUUUAUUUAAUUUCAAGUCAGUUCUAGAUUUUCAUUUUUCCAACCAAUAUACACAAUGUAUAUACUAGAUAAAUGCUGUGCACUUAAUAUUUGAAAGCAUGAGAUUUGAAAUUUCUUGACAUGCCUGCCCACUGAUAUAUUUUUUGUUCCUUUUUGGCGGCGUGCUGAUACAGCUUUUUUUGUUUCAAUUUAAUUGAA